AUUAAAAGCCCAUUCCAUUAUUCCCAACCCAAAAAAACAAAAAAAACCAUUUGAUUUGAUCCAACAGAGACACUCUUGAUCAUUCUCUCUCAGUGCUCUCGAUCUCCACUGCAACUUCCUUGUCUGACAGAUCCCGUGUUCCGGUGAAAGGAAAAGGCAAGAAAGAUGUCGGGGCAAACGCAGCGUCUGAACGUGGUCCCCACCGUGACGAUGCUGGGAGUGGUCAAGGCGCGUCUAGUCGGCGCCACGCGCGGCCACGCGCUCCUGAAGAAGAAGAGCGACGCGCUCACGGUGCAGUUCCGCCAGAUCCUGAAGAAGAUCGUGUCCACGAAAGAAUCUAUGGGCGACAUCAUGAAAACGUCGUCGUUCGCGCUCACCGAGGCAAAAUACGUCGCCGGCGACAACAUCAAGCACGUCGUCCUCGAAAACGUGAAAGAAGCCUCCCUCCGCGUCCGGUCGCGCCAGGAGAACGUCGCCGGAGUGAAACUCCCGAAAUUCGACUACACCGCCGACGCCGACGCCACGAAAAACGACCUUACGGGACUCGCACGUGGUGGGCAGCAGGUGCAGCAGUGCCGCGCCGCCUACAUCAAGGCAAUCGAGGUGCUCGUGGAGCUCGCGUCCCUUCAGACGUCGUUUCUGACCCUCGAUGAGGCCAUCAAGACCACGAAUCGUAGGGUUAACGCUCUGGAGAACGUGGUGAAGCCGCGACUCGAGAACACGAUUAGUUACAUCAAGGGGGAGCUGGACGAGCUCGAGAGGGAGGAUUUCUUCAGGCUAAAGAAGAUUCAGGGGUAUAAGAAGAGGGAGAUUGAGAGGCAGAUGCUGCUGCAGAACAACUCCAAUGUCGAGACUAAUCUCCCUUUGCGCAAAGGGGUUUCGUACAAUUCUGCUCACAAUUUGUUGUCUGUGGGUGACAAAGAUGAGGAUAUUAUUUUCUGAAUGUGGUUCAAUGUUGUGAUGCUGCUGCUGGGUGAGACUGAGACUUCUCUGCUAUUGUUUAGGUCACAGUGGAGUGUAUCAUGAAUAAAUGUUGUUACUGGUUAGUAUAUGUUUAUUUAUUUCUUUCUUCAUUAAAUUGGGACAAUCCUCGUUUUUAAAGUAUGCUUCUAAUCUGAGCCUAUGAAUUUUUUUUUAUGUUGCUGUGAUUAGUUGUGUUUUCGAUUCGAUAUAUAUUACAUCUCAAUAUAGUUAUGCGACUU